GUUCCUUUUCUAGUUGGGUCAUUUCCUUUUGGUAUAUUGCUUGAUUUGCCGGGUCACGUACUUCAUCGCAGUACUCGCUGACGACCACAGAUGAAAUGAAAAAUGAAAAGUUCUUAUAAGACGUUGUCGUAUUGGAAUCUGAUUGGUCGAUUAUUGGUUAUUUUCCAGUUGUCAAAGUAACUUGCAAUUUGCAAACAGGUUAUACGGAAGAUGGAUGCAUAGAAGACCAGCUAAAGUUUUGUUACCAUUCGAACCUAAUUCUAACGUGAAUUUGAAAGAAGAACAUGUAAUUGAUAUUGGCGCUGAGGGUUUUAAAAAAUCAAAUGAGAAUUAUGAAUCAAAAGAGAAAAAACCGCCUGCGCCGGUAACAAGUCAAGAAAAGUUUAAGGAAAUCAAAGCAAAAAAAGAAAUGGAACUCAAAAAGAAAAAGUUUUAUUUGAGCCAAAAAAAAGUAUUCGAUGACAAUGGUGACGUUAUUUAUGAAAAAUUGAAGGGAAAUGAUGGAAGAAUAAGCAACCUACUUGUUAAAUUAAAGUCAAAGAAGGAAAGAUUAAGAGCAGGACAAAUGUUAGUCGAAGGCUGGAGAUUGAUUGUUGAUGGUUUGGAAGCAAAUUGUGUUUUGAAAUAUGUAAUAUUCAGCCGCACAGAAGAUUUAAACAACUUAAGACCCUUUCUACCAAAAACUGGUGUCCAAUUUUAUAAAAUACCAUAUAAUGAUAUUUCUAUAUGGUCCGAUGUGGAAACAUCACCUGGAAUAUUUGGUGUAUUUGAAAUUCCUAAUGCUGACAGUAUUAAGAGAUAUGCAAAACCCAUACCAUUGCAGCUCAUUUGUGACAACAUUCGAACACCCGGUAACUUAGGUGCCAUACUGCGAGCUGCAGUGGGGGUAGGAAGUGAAAAGGUCUUGCUAACAAAAGGUUGUGUUGACCUGUGGGAUCCAAAAGUGAUAAGAAGUGCAUCUGGGGCUCAUUUCAGGCAACCGAUACACCAUUCAGUGGAUUGGGAGGAAUUGCCUAAAUUAUUAGAAGCAGAUACAUCAAUAUUCAUUGCAGAUAAUAAUAUAAAUGUAUUAGACAUCCACGAAAAUCAGAAUGUACUAGAUAGUAUACCAGUAGUACCAUAUUAUGGAGUAGAUUUUGCUAAUCUGAAGCAUGUCACACUUAUAAUAGGAGGAGAAACUGAAGGAAUAAGUGAAAACAGUUACAGGUUAGCAGCAAAUAAAAAUGGUCUUCGUCUAAAUAUACCUUUGCACAAAGGUGUUGACAGCUUAAAUACAGGAAUGGCCGCAGCCGUUAUAGCUUUCGAAGUAAAGAAACAGUUCAUUCAAGCGUGGGCAAAACUUAAAUUAAAUAAUAAAAAAAAUGUUAUAUCUUAGAUGUAUAUUUUAUUAGUUAUUAAAAAGUAGCUUAAAU